GCUGCACUGCUGGAGACCACGUCUAACUCACCCAGCCUCCUAGACAACGUGCUCAAUGCUUUGAGACUGGAAGGACCUUGCUCUGCAAUGAAGAUGGAGGCAGUAGGAAAAGCAGAAGAACUUGUUGAUUCAGAAAUUCCACCAAAGACUUCUGAAAAGCAAGAGACUGCUCCUGAUGAAGACAGGCCUAUAGAACUCGAGACACAGCCUCAGAAGGACAGCGUGCCCACUGCAGCAGACUCUGCGGUGCUCUCUUCCAUGCCUUGCUUGCUGAUGGAACUGAGGCGGGACUCCUCGGAGUCUCAGCUGGCAUCUACGGAGAGCGACAAGCCAGCGGGUGGCCGAGUUUAUGAGAGUGACUCUUCUAACCACUGCAUGCUUUCCCCUUCCUCCAGCGGCCAUUUGGCCGACUCAGACACGUUGUCUUCCGCCGAGGAGAACGAGCCCUGCCAAGCUGAAGCCGCUGUGGACGGAGACCCUUCCACGGUGUCUGGGGCUGCAGUUGGGAGGAAAUCCAGGAGAUCCAGGUCCGAAAGUGAGACCUCAACAAUGGCUGCCAAGAAAAACCGACAGUCUAGCGAUAAGCAGAACGGCCGAGUCAGCAAGGUGAAGGGUCACCGGAGCCAAAAGCACAAAGAGAGGAUCCGGCUGCUGAGGCAGAAGCGGGAGGCGGCCGCUCGCAAGAAGUACAACCUGCUGCAGGACAGCAGUACCAGCGACAGUGACCUGACCUGUGACUCCAGCACAAGCUCGUCAGACGACGACGAAGAGGUUUCAGGGAGCAGCAAGACAAUCACUGCAGAGAUACCAGAUGGACCCCCUGUUGUGGCUCACUAUGAUAUAUCAGACACAAACUCAGACCCAGAAGUGGUAAAUGUGGACAAUCUGUUGGCGGCUGCAGUAGUUCAAGAGCACAAUAAUUCUUUAGGAAAUCAAGAUUCAGGAUCUGCCUGGAGAGCCAGAGGGCUGCUGAAUGAAAUGAGUGCUGAUACAGGUCGUUUGGAUCCAGGCUUCCUUGCAGGUGACAAAACCUCUUGUGGCAAUGCCCAGGCCAAUGAAGAAAUUAGCAUUGCCUCUUCUGACAGCGAAGUGGAGAUUGUUGGAGUUCAGGAACAUGCCAGGUGUGUGCAUCCCCGGGGAGGCGUGAUCCAGAGCGUGUCCUCCUGGAAGCGCGGCUCGCCCUUCGGCAGCGCCCAGCCCGCGCAGCCAUGGACAGCAGUGGCUCCCCAGCAGAACUGGUCCUCGCCCCCAGAAGUGGUGGACCUCACUCUGGACGAGGACACCAGGCGCAAAUACCUCCUGUAACGCCGUGUCACUGUGCUCUGCCCCCCUCUCCUCGCUGGCACAGCAGCUCAGUGGUUCAGCCAUCACCUCCGGAGGCCCCGUCCUUGGCACCGUGAAACCCGAACCCGCCGUGGAUCCACAGGAAUGUAGUCUGAGCUCAGUAUCUCUUCCAAUGGUUUGGCCUUCUCCAGGGAGGAUUCCUGCCCAGAAUUCACAGCAGCAAGUUUAAAGCACGUCUGCAGUUACUAACGUGUGCGUGUGUCGCUAACGAAAUAACCGCCCACGUCCUCCCGGCUCCAGGGCAUUUUUAAUUCAUCAGAAUCUUGAGUUUGUUCGUAGAACUUAGUGUGUUGCUGUGUGAGCAUCAAUGAUUUUGAGAAAUGCUGUGUCCUCACUGAUUUCAGCGGAACUGGGGGGGGUAUCCAACACUUCCAAAAUUUGGGCCAGGAGUAUUUUUUUUACCCCAGCUGAUUUGGUUGUUUUACCAGCAAGAGGGAUUGUCUUUAAUGCAAACAGCCCGUAACCAAUGCACUGAACAGCUUUUAAUUAAAACGUGUUUAUUUUCAAUGUAAUUUAUAGUUUAUACUCUUCAGUGCUGAGUCUUCUGUCUACUUGACUACUGUGUUUCACUGGUCAAUUCCCACAGCUUGGAAUGGCUAAAAUAGUAAAAGUAGUGACUUAGGAACAGCUGAACAUUGCAAAAGCACAGGAAAAGUUAAUAAAAAGGCCCAGCAUCCCUCUUCUUUUUAAUUAUAGCUGAACUUUUCUACCUUUCUCUAAGUCUUGUCUGGAGUAGUUGAAGGAGAGAAAUGAAAUGUUUUACUCAUAAUCCCCAUCUCUACUGCUGCUUGUCCAUGUCAUUCACCAUCUCAGAAAAUACAAAACAAAUCCCAAGUAAAUUCCAAAGCCCCAGCCUGGCAAAGGGCUGCUCAGCUGGGACCUGUUCCUGGAAUUUGUGGGGCCACUCAAGUGCUUAAAACUCUGUCCUAGAAAAUGUUGCAGGAUCAGGGUCAAAAACUAAGGUUAUGGGGUUUAGGUUUUUUUUUUUUUUAAAUUAGUAAUCUGCACCAUUUCCCUGGUUUUCAGUCACAUCUCUCAUGCUAGUUUUGGAAAUGCCAAGAUUCAGGAAACACUUACUACCAGAAUAUUUACCAAAAUCAGUGGAACUACUCACUUUAGUGGGCUGCACUUGCUGUGGAAAUUCCUGCCCCUCAUCUGUCUUUUUGAGCCUUUCCCAAGGCAAAAACCAAAGAUCAGAAUUUAACAAGAUGAUAUUAUUCACUUCACAUGUCUACUGUGCAAUUGAAACAUUCCUUCAUAUUCCAGACGUUUCUGUUGGGAAGUUUGUACAGCUCUGCCAUUACAUUUUUUACUAUUUAAGGCUGAACAGGGGGGGUCAGGGCGUGAGAAGUUCUGCUUUCCUUUUGUGUCGGCUGGUUUCAAAAAUUUAUUUGGCUAAAUAAAUAAUUUUAUCUGUGGGCAAAAUAAAAAAAUAUUAGAGUUACCUGUGUUGUCACACAAAGGAAAAACAGCCCAGCAGGGGGGUACAGUUAGUAACAAAGAUGUGUUUCUUCCAUAAGCAGAACAGUUCAUCCUGCACUUUACAGAACAGCCAGGUAAGGAUUGAUAUUCCCAUUUCCAGCUGUCUAGAACACUGAACAUAAGUGUCUUGCAUGGCAAGAAAAAUAUCUGUGGUGUUUUUUAGUGACUAAUUCCUUUCUUUGGGAGGGAGGAAGGAAAGGAGGGAAGGAGGGGAGCAUUUCCCUGUUGGCCCCACAGCAGGGAAAGGCCCCGUGCUGCUCUGCCCAUCCUUUCUCCUCCUGUCCCCAUCAGCUGUGGGCUCACACACCUGCUGGAAAGGUAACUUUGGAACAACCACCUCCACUCCUGUGGCUGCUUCUUCCUGUUUCACAGAGUCUCCUGAAGAUGGGUUGUGCAGAAACCUGCAGGGACCCCAUUUGCAGUCCUUCCAUGAAAGAAAAUGCAAACUAGCUCUCCUUGUUUUCCAGUUUGUAUAUGAUGUGACUUCCACAUGUACAUAAAGACAACUGCCUCCUGACCAAACUUCCUCCAGCUGUGCACUGUGUUUGUUUAAACAGCUCAUGUAUGGUAGUCUGAUGCAGGUUUUCUUUUAUUUAAAACACUAUGUUAUUUUCUCUUAAAAAAAUUUCAAGGCUAGUGAUAUGAAAAACACAAUCACUGGAUAUAGGUAGGUAGGAAAUGGUUUGGUUUUGUUUCUUUUUUUUUUGUUGUUGUUGGUUUUUUUUUUAAACUUCUGUGUUUUAAAAAGAGCAAAAAUGUGCCUGGGUGGUUUUUGCUCUUCUCAGUGGGAAAGAUAAAAGUUAGCCAUUGUAUGGCUGAGAACCAAUGCACUUGGGGCCUGGUCCAGAACCCACUGGGGUCGGUGUGGGGCUGCCCAUCGACCUCACUGUGCAUUGGCUCGAGCCCUUCAGGGUUUAGCAGUUUUCCUGAAUUGCUGGAGUAUGAACUUGGAAUCUUCUAUAGUGAAGACAAAUCAUUGCUCGGAAUAUAAAUGUUUGAAACGUGCGGCUCUAGUUAAAAAUAAAAUCUGAUUCCUCUCAACACUCACUAUUUAGUUCU